AUUGUGUUAUACAAAUAUCGAGUUUCCAAUGACAUAAAGAAAAAAUUAUAAAAUUCAGAAUUAUAUUUUUUCAUUCGUACACCUGAACAUAGUGCAUAUGCAUUUAAAACAAAAUUUGCAGCCCUUGAGCUAUGGCCGAUGAUGAUGAAAAUAAACAAAAAAAGCACACAGUCGAAAGUCUAUUUAUGCUCUAUGCGAAUAACAAUAUCAACGCCUUGGAUUUAGAUAAUGAGGUGCAUGAGAGCAUAUUGUUAUCACAAAUGGAUUUUUGGCUAGAUCAAGCAAAACUACUGAGAACGGUAUUCACUAUGACUGAGACGGGCCUGGCUUACAUGAAAUUUAAGAUUGUCGCUGGCUUGAGCCCGCAAAAAGCCAUACACAUGCAAUAA